UUCCAGCCGUAGAGCAAUACCAGCAUCUGGACAAGAUGGUACAGCACUUUCUGCGACCGUAUCUACAGUACAAAUCUAAUUUUGAAGCUAUAGCAAAAGCAGUGAAAUAUCAUUACCUCAAAGGUGCGGUCAUUCCUAGCUUUGCUUCAAUAGAGCCAGUACUAGCAAAUAUGAUGUCGGACUUUUUAUAUGUAACUCCCUUGUAUGAAACCUUAAAAUCACACAGUAGAAUAACUCCAAACACAUUCAUGUACGUUUUCAAGGACGAAGAUGAAGGUAUGAAUCAUAUAGAAGACGAAAGUUACUUAUUUAAUAAAACAUUCAAAAACUCUGGCAGGUAUCAGAAUAGCUCGAAAGACCAGAACGUAAUACAGAAUCUCUGCAAAAUUUGGGGCAAUUUCAUCAAACUAAAGAAACUGUUAUCUACUUUCAGAUUUUUGCCACUGGAACUAAAAUGGAAGCAAUUUGGCAAUCAUAAUCAAAUGAACUAUGCAGAAAUUUCUAAAACAGUAGUACCAAAAACAGGUUACAGAAGAAAUGAAAUUGAAUUUUGGAUUCUUCUAUUACCAGAUUUAGAUGAUAUUCAAAAUUUACAUGCUGAAAUUCCACAAGAAGACACUUCUGCUGAAAAAAUAACAUCCAGGGCAUGGAGUGCAGUAGGUCUUGUAAUGCUUUUUGGUGUUCUUUGUGUCUCAUUAGUUGGAGUAGUUGUUAUCACGAGAAGCAGAAUAGCACAGUCUUCUAUACUACCAAUAUCUUCACGCAAAGAUGAUAUUAAAUACAGCAGCAUUUGAUAAUAAUGCAUAAAUAAAUUAUAGAACUAGUUACACUUAAAUUGAAGAUGAAUAUUGGAGUUUAAGACGAGUGUAAUUACAGAGCACUUUAACUGUACAAGCUUCUGUUCAACUACAUUUGUAGAAAGGAUGUUAUAGCAAUAAAAGGGGGGAAUGUUUUUAAAGCAAUACAAGUACAGAUAAAAAACAAA